AUGUGGGCAGAUGCUGUGGAUGCGUAUUUCUCAAAUCUCGUUAUCCCCAUUGGCAUGAAUGUGUUCCUGGCCAUCAUGCUCUUCUGUGUUCUCCUCGCAGCACAUGAGGCCCAUGUGGCGGCGGGUGCAAGGCCGCUGUUCGCAAAUCAUGAGCGAAGCAACCACGUGGCCCUCCAAGUUGUGAUUGUUCUUUCCUGGGUUAUCAUGUUCAUGAACGUGGCUUUGCUGGUUCCUGUGUCUCUGGAUUUUUCACGGGCGAUGGGCCAGUCAGCCACGGCCAGUGGUGUCUUCAUUGGUGGAGGUACGGCAUUUUCAUUGGCAGGCUUGAUGGCAGGCAAACCUCUUACCAGCGAGGUCAACUGGAACCAGCGCCUGGCCAGAGGCAUCUUUCUGGUAUGCAAUUCGCUUUGUUUGGUUACUCUUGUGGGGAUGGCAAUCUUGGUGGAAACUGCUGCACCCUGGAGCCUUAACACGAGGCGCUGGGCUUUUUGGCUGAUCGUCUUGCUCAACGGCAUGGUGGCAUUUCUGAAGGCAGUCUGGCUGCUGUCAUGGACAACAAUGUGGCAAAUAAUCACGCCAGCCAGCCAGAAGACUUUUUGGCAGAUGAUGGCGCAGUGCGGUCGAAAUGGAGGCUUUGUCCUGGGCCCGGUGGCCUUCGCUGGGCUAAGCUUCCUGGUGGAGCAAGGUCGGGAUGUGUCACCUAUCAGCAUGAUGAGCUGGGCCAUUAUAGGGCUGGUGGUGCUGCAAGCUGUGGAACUCGCUUGCGCUUCGCUGUUCUAUCCGACUGUUCUCAACGACACGGCUGAGAAGGGGCCUGAGGUGACCAGUCCUGAAACAGAGGAAGCUGGUCUCAUGCUGCCGCCAGAGCA